AAAAGACACCUCAUUUGCCAGCUGCUUCUCGAGAUGGAGAACAAAGUGACUCUUGGCUCUAUCCAAAAGACUGUCUGGGACGGGCGCAUCCCGCUGGAAAUUGUCCUGGCAUCAUCGGAAAGCCGAACCUUUGACCAGACAGAUCCAUAUCUUAUCUCAUAUCCACGCAUCUCAUAUCUGCCCUCAUUGCUUCCCAAGCUUCGAGCAUUUUUCUCGAAUUCAUUAAUAGAGCCGGACUCCUUGCCACAUGAUGGUUGGUUCGAGUUCGAGGGAGUGCCUUUGAAGUGGCACUACCCAGUUGGCCUGCUAUUUGACCUCUAUGCUGGGGCGGACCCUGCUUCAAAGUCUGCCUCAGUGGGUGAUGAAUCUCCUGACAGGGUUUCACCGUUACCUUGGAAACUAGUAGUGCAUUUCAGAGACUGGCCAGAUGAGGAACUCGUGCGGCUUGAUGCUGAUGGGAUGGUAAUGAACGAUGCCUUCAUCAACAGCGUGAAAGAGGCGGACUUUCUCAGAAAUGGUACAGCAAAAGGCAUUAUGAGUCUUUCGAAGGAGGACUCGUCAGGACUUUGGAAGGCCGUCGAGAAUGUUGACCUUCCCUCUUUCCAACGCAUAUCCAGCAUCCUUCUUCCUCAAUUAUCACAGCCAUUCAGAAAUGUUCCGGUCAGGAUCUUUCUCCCACUCCCACCAGAUGCGGAGUCUUCAUCUUUGAAAGUGGUACAAUCCCCAAUUCCACCUUCAAUACCAGCAUCGAGCAUGCAAUCAAGCCAACUUUUGCCUUCACGUGGCAGUCCUACUACACAAACUCAAACCAUGGGGACUGUCUUGCACACAUUACUACCAAAUCUGUUUCCUAGUCGAAGAACUCCUGUUCUCGCGAAGCCUGUUUUGCAUGGAGCUGUGAUACCUAUGUCUUCCCCAAUUGAAGAAGUAGUUAGAAGCUCUGCUUAUGGUGAUGGGUGGGCGUAUCUGGUCGUUCGGAUGAUGGGAUGA